AGCAUCUUCAUAUUCUCUAGUAUCAGUCAACAUAUAUAUAAUUAACCAAACCAAGAGACACUCGAUCAACCUGAAGAAUAGAUAUUGAGAUUAAUGGCGACACAACAACCAGAAUUUGAGCAUCCUAAGAAGGCAUUCGGAUGGGCAGCUAGAGACACUUCCGGUCUUCUCUCCCCUUUCAAUUUCUCCAGAAGGGAAACAGGGGAGAAGGACGUGGCAUUCAAAGUGUUGUAUUGUGGGAUAUGCCACUCGGACCUCCACAUCGUGGAGAAUGAUUUUGGCAUGUCCACUUAUCCACUAGUUCCAGGGCAUGAGAUUGUUGGUGUGGUGACAGAGGUGGGAAGCAGAGUUCACAAGUUCAAAGUUGGGGACAAAGUGGGUGUGGGAUGCUUGAUUGAUUCAUGCCACUCAUGUCAAAACUGUGUUGAAAAUCUUGAGAAUUAUUGCCCACAACUUAUUCUUUCUCAAGGUGGUGCCAAACAUAAAGACGGUACCACCACAUAUGGAGGCUACUCUGAUUCAAUGAUUGCCGAUGAGCACUUUGUGAUUGGCAUUCCUGAUGAAUUCCCUCUUGAUGCUGCUGCACCACUCCUCUGUGCUGGAAUCACAGUGUAUAGCCCUUUGAAAUAUUUUGGACUUGACAAACCUGGUCUUCAUAUAGGUGUGGUUGGUCUUGGUGGAUUAGGCCAUUUGGCUGUCAAGUUUGCCAAAGCUUUUGGGGCUAAUGUCACAGUAAUCAGUACAUCACCUAAUAAACAGAAAGAAGCACUUGAGAAUUUGGGAGUUGAUUCAUUUCUGAUUAGCCAUGACCAAGAUCAGCUGCAGGCUGCAAUUGGCACUUUGGAUGGCAUUAUUGACACAGUUUCUGCAAGUCAUUCUCUGUUACCUCUGAUUGGUUUACUGAAAUCGCAUGGAAAACUUAUAAUGGUUGGUUUACCAGACAAGACUCUGGAGCUUCCAUUGAUUCCUUUAAUUAAGGGGAGAAAGAUAAUAGCUGGGAGUAUGAUUGGAGGAAUAAAGGAGACACAAGAAAUGAUGGAGUUUGCUGCAGAACACAAUGUAAAACCUGACAUUGAGGUCAUACCAAUUGAUUAUGUCAACAAAGCUAUGGAGCGCCUCCACAAAGCAGAUGUGAAAUAUCGUUUUGUGAUUGACAUUGGAAACUCGCUAAAGCCAAGCUUUUAAAUUUGACAGAUGUUUUUUUUUCUUCUUAAACAUAGAAUAAAGGCUUUUGGCUGUGGUUAUGGUCUGCAGUUGAAAAUGAUUGGGAUUCUAAUUGUGUUGUUUAUAUAGGUUAUUGGACUGAGGAUAGGUGAUUCUCUAGUUAUCUUGGCCUUUGUUUAUCAAUAAAUUUUGUUUGCUUA